UGAUAAUAAUUCAGAAUGGUUGAGUUAAAAGAUGCCUUUAUUCUUUAUAUCUAUCUAUCUAUCUAUCUAUCUAUCUAUCUAUCUAUCUAUCCUCUCUUUCUCUGUUCUCGUGUAGGUGUAUAUGCAGGUGUGGAGGUCAGAGGACAACCUUCAGAAGCAGGGUCUCCCACUGACUUCCUUGAAGAGAAAAUUGCCUACCAGGAAUAUCAGAACAGCCAGAACUGGCCAGAAGAUGCAAGCUUUUGUUUCCAGCCUCAGGGAGUGUUAGGUACUAACCAGACUGAUCCAUUUAAGAUGCACCCUGAUGAUGGCCUGGCAGAUCUGCUCUUUGUCACCAGUGGACCCACAAAAGCUUCAGCAUUUAUGGAGCAAAGUGACCCUCUGCAAGACAGUUAUGGUAUGCUUCCCGGUGACUCAUUUGCUCCCAUGGCUGUUGCGUCUCAGGAGUGGUCUGUGGAAGCCUCAAACUCUCCACACUCAGAAUCCUUGGUUUCUCCAGAAAGUAGUAUAGAAACCCUACAGACGGCAGCAGAGCGGUCCAAGGAAAUAGAAGUGGCAUCAGUAAAAGAGCAGCUGCCAAAUCAAGCAUUAGAAAUGAUGGCCGAAGAGAAGAGUGCUGAUGGGGUGCCAUCUAGAAAAACAGAGGUGUCUUCAUCCACAGACACGACACCAGUCACAGGACCCGAAGAGGCAUUUGCUAAAGAUACAGAAGAGACCAGGAAUCCAGAUGUGAUGCUGGAGGACAUGGAGCGACGUGUAGGAACAGAGGUGCCCCCUGUUAAGGAUAUCGUAUUGCCGACCGAAAAUGUGUCUUUGACCAAGGAUAUGGCACCUCCUACAGAAACUGAAAUGGUUCCAGGCAAGGAUGUGACACUGCCCAAAGAAACAGAGAUGACAUUUGCAGUAAAAAUGGACUUGGCACCACCAGAGGAUAUGGUACUUCCCAAAGAAACAGAGCUAACCCCAGUCAAUGUCAUGGUUUCCUCCUCAGCCAUAGAAGUGGCACUGGCAAAGGAUGCUGAGUCCUCUGCGGAAAUACCUUUGGCUGAGGAGAUGGACUUGCCCUCAGAAACAGAGGUGGGCUUGGCAAGGGACUUGGCACUGCCCUCAGACACCCCGAUGACCUUGACAAAGGAUGUAACAUUGCCCUUAGAAACAGAGGGAUCUCUGGCCGAAAGCGUGACUCCAUCUCUGGAAAGUGAAAUGAUCCUGGAUAAGGAUAUGGCUCCACCACCUGAAGCAAAAUUGGACAUGGUCAGAGAUAAGACUCCACUCCCAGAAUCAGAAGUGUCUCUGGACAAAGAAGUGGUUAUACUUUCAGAAACAAAGGUGACUGAGAUCAACAAUUCGACCCCUCUUUCAGAAAAAGAGGUGGCCUCAAUCAAGGACAUUUCUCUGCCUCCAGAAACAGAGGCUCCCCUGGCUGAGGAUGCCAUUCUGCCCUUAGGAACAGGGUUGACCUUGGACAACAACGUGACUCCAGCCAAGGAUGUUGCACUGCUUUCGGAAACAGAAGUAGCAGCAGCUCAAAUUAAAGACAAGGAAAAUGCACAGACCCUAGAACUAAGUAAAGACUCCCAGUUAGACUCUGUCCAGCACAAGGGGCAGUCAGCAGUACCUCCUUGCAUGAUUCUACCAGAACCAGUCAAAGCUGCAGAUCAAAAGUCUAACUUGCCAGUAGAUGAAGGUUCUCUGUUAGAGAACUUAGAGCAGAAGGAAACCUCUGGCAGUCAGUCUUCUGAACUUUCUUCAGGUACCCCUCCCUCACAAGGUAAACACGUUUGCAGACCCAGUGACCGCAGGUCAGCCCGGGCCAGGCCUGCCAGGGUCCCUCCUGAGCUGCUGGAAGGUUCUCCUUCAUGGAAGACUCUUGAUCCCAGACUGGGCCCCUACCCUUUUUCUGAGUUGGGUUUGGUCUCUGGUUCAUCUUCCUGUGGUGAGCAUGGGAACCAAAGGAAAAAUAUUCAUGCUGAAUUGCUAGUACCCCAGAGAGAUCAUGUCAGGGAGGCCAGGGAUAUAGAAAGCAUGCCAAUGAUAAUGAGGAAAAAGAAGAAGAAACCAAAGCAAAAGAGAUAUCCUCAGUCCCGAGCUGGGGGACCUUGGGACGACAAUGCAGAUGGGCCCAAAGAUCAUCCUGUUUCGCCCGGGCCCUUGAAGUCAGGUGUUGGUCCCAGCCAGCCUACUACUGUGGGCACAGAAUAUGGACUUGUAUCCAGAGAAGUCUUGAAGCCUGACUGUGCAGAGAGUCAUAGCAUUACUUCAUGUCCAGUACAACCUCCAGAGACUGUUGUAAAUGCUCAGCUCAAGCUGAGAGUAGAGGAAGACCACAGAGGUAACCGCUCAGUGCCAGAGAACCAAGGUGAGAACUUGCUACAGCAGGAGCAACACAGAUCCUCAGCUCCAUCACACCUGAAGCCUUUAGUGGAUGCCAGCAUGGCAGCGGGCCCAUCCCGUUUGGAAGGAUCCCCGAUAGACAGUGCUGCACACAGCAGAUUGGUAGAAGACUGUCAGAAAGAAGGCAAUGGUGAGAGUGAAAUGACUAAGCUGCAGAUGUUUCCUGACGGAGUUAAAGAUGCUAAAGAUGUUAGAGAAAUAAAUCCAGAGACAUGCCCUAAGCCAAGAGAUGGAACCAGCCUCUUCACUUCACAGGGGCUGAAAGACCAAGAGUUAAUGCAGGCUGCUGGGCUGCAGAGCAAAAGCAGAAAGGGAAGGAGUCCUGGGAAAGUCAGAGCAGGCUCUGGGAAGUUAGGAACCAGAUCUGAGGGGCCACUCCUUCUGACCAGUGAGAAGGAGGGGAGAGCUGUUCCUAUGCCAAGUGAGCCAGUCCCUGAACCUGGAAUAGUGAGUAUUGAGACUCUGAGAAGAGGGCUAGGCUUGGAUUCUUCAAAGCAACCAGAGGCUGUUACUGAUCUCACUGAGGCAGUGGUGAGGGUGGCCAGGGACGUGGCUGAUGCUGGUGUGGGAAGCACCAUACCAUUGAUUCCUUUGGAAACUGGGUCAAGCUGUACUCAGACUUCAUAUGCUAGGACAGAAAGAAGUGCUGAGGUUAAAAAUACGGGCAUCAGUAACCAGAGCAAGGAAGGGAAGUGCCUUUGGAUGGAUCAUGAGUCAACCCCCUGGAUUUCUGAAAAGACUAAAAAGAGAGUCAAUGAAGGCAGAAACAAAAAGUUUAAAAAUAAUUAUCCUGUACAGCCUAGCAAAAUGGAGGGCAAGGAGGAAAUCAUCAGCCCACCUUGUGUAGAGAAGGAGAGUGAUGAUGGUAAUAUAGCCCAUAACAAGGGGGAAUUAGGGCAGGCUUUCCCUAAAAUACACGCUCCUUUGUUCUCCCACACGCCCACAGUGGAAGUUGCUGACAUAAAGAGUAAGAAUGUUGAGUCUACUUCUGUUGAACUUGGGGCUCUCGUGGGGAAUAAAACAAACGCAGGCCAAGCUUCUACUGUUCCUAGUGAACCAGCUGACAAGGUGACAGACGGGAGCUCCCAGGACCCAGUCUGGGGAGCAGGAUUUGUUCCCUCAGUAGAACCCGAGGAAAACAAGACACGUGUAGCCAAGGGACACACUGCAGUGGCUGACAAACCUAAUAAAAGGAGUAAUGAUGGGAAAUGUGAAAAAGUUAAAAAUAGUUCUCCUGAGAAGCACAGUUUGGAGAUUAGGACAGAUACAACAAAAAUACAUAUUCCCAUGGAAACCACAGGAGACUGUAGAAUUGAAGGAAUGGGGUAUAUGGAUGAAAAUAGAAAUAUUACAUUUACCUCUGGGAGAGAACCAUCAGGACUGAGUAAGUCAGCUCCUCCAGAGGUUAUGGGAUCAGCAGGCUGUGAAACGCAGCCAUGUCCUUCUCCUCAGGUAGUAGAGGAAGAUGAUUCCUUGCCUGACACUUGUAGAAAAAGUGGGCAAGAGAGAUUCUUAGCCCAGAAUUCCAAAUUAUUAGUACAAGAUACUUAUAGCAAAGAUGGAGUCCCGGGUCAAGAAACGUCCAAGGCUCCCUCUGCUGCUGUGCCCUCUGCUAGCACAGGCAUUCCUGGGACUACACAAGCCCAGGGAAAGAUUAACAGUCGUGGAGAUGGUUCUCUUAAAAAUAAAGGUGAGCUUUCAGAUUGCGGGAAGAAUGAAGUAGGGAUAAUCCCUGAAAGGCAUGAGGUAGGAGAAUCUGAAUUAGAGCAGCAUGGGUCCUCUAAACAUUCAGCACAGCUUGCCAUAGAGCCAGCUAAAGGACACUUCCUUCCUGGUGUGCCCUCAGAAAGCCAGAGCCUGCCAGAAGAGGUCAGAGUCCUAGAAACACAUGCAUAUAAUGGUGGUUUGCCAGCAUCUUUAGUGAACGAGGAGAAGAGAACUGAGAAAGACUCGGCCCCAGUUCAAAACCCUGACCCUUUGAGAAGUAAAUCAAAGAAUUUCAGUUUGUCUGAGGACCAAAAUGAGAGAGAGAGAGAUUCCAAGGGCUCAGAUAGUUUGGAUAAGAAGCUAGAUACCAUUCUUUUGCCUCCAGAAAAUGAAAAGGAUAAAUUAAAAGAAACUAGUCUAUCUUGUAAAGUCACAAAAUUGGAGUGUGUUGCCAUGCUAACAACAGAACAGUCUGGUUUCUCAUGUGGCAGUGUUGAGGGAGAAGGUAAAUUAGUGGUGACUGCUUACAAGGACCCCCAAGUCCCCCAGUUGAAAGGUAAUGGGAUCGAAGCUCCUCAGAAGAUGCUGGGGAUAUCUGAACGGACGGUGCUGAGUGAAAGGAAGAAGGAAGACAAAAGCAGAAUGGCAGAACCAGUGAAAGGCUACAUGAGACCUACGAAGUCUCGAGGACUCACCCCACGUUUGCCAAAGUCUGCAAGCCAGGAGAGAGAAAAACCCAGGCUGCUCAAGUCCAGUGGGAUAGCCAGGCAAGAAGAAGAAGGAAAGGCUGCUGUGGGUGUGACAGGAAAUGACAUCACUACCCCACCAAACAAGGAGCUACCACCAAGCCCAGAAAAGAAAGCAAAGCCUUUGGCCACCACUCAACCUGCCAAGACUUCAACAUCGAAAGCCAAAACACAGCCCACUUCUCUCCCUAAGCAACCAGCUCCCACCACUUCUGGUGGGUUGAAUAAAAAACCCAUGAGCCUCGCUUCAGGCUCAGUGCCAGCUGCCCCACCCAAACGCCCUGCUGCUGCCAGUGCUGCUGCCAGGCCUUCCACCCUACCUGCCAGAGACCUGAAACCAAAGCCAGUUACAGAGGCUAAGAUUUCCGAAAAGCGGACCUCACCUUCCAAGCCUGCAUCCACCCCAGCCCUCAGACCUGGACCUAAAACCACCCCAACUGUCUCAAAAGCCACAUCUCCCUCAAGUCUUGUCUCCACUGGGCCAAGCAGUAGAAGUCCUGCCACACCUCUGCCUAAGAGGCCCAUCUCCACUAAAACAGAGGGAAAAGCCGCUGAUGUCAAAAAGAUGACUGCCAAGUCUGCACCAGCUGACUUGAGUCGCUCAAAGACCACCUCUACCAGUUCUGUGAAGAGAAACACCACUCCCACUGGGCCAGCACCCCCAGGAGGGACGACCUCCACUCGAGUCAAGCCCACUUCUGUACCUUCCCGGCCUUCUGUGGCAGUUUCUGUGGACAAGAAGCCCACCUCGGCGAAGCCUAGUUCCUCUGCUCCCAGGCUGAGCCGCCUGACCACCACUGCCUCUGCCCCUGAUCUGAAGAAUGUUCGCUCCAAGAUUGGCUCUACAGAAAACAUCAAGCACCAGCCUGGAGGAGGCCGGGCCAAAAUAGAGAAAAAAACAGAGGCAGCUGCCACAGCUGGGAAGCCUGAACCUAACGCAGCCACUAAAGCAGCUGGCUCCAUUGCGAGUGCACAGAGACCGUCUGCUGGGAAAGUCCAGAUAGUCUCCAAAAAAGUGAGCUACAGCCAUAUUCAAUCCAAGUGUGGUUCCAAGGACAAUAUUAAGCAUGUCCCUGGAGGUGGCAAUGUUCAGAUUCAGAAUAAGAAAGUGGACAUCUCCAAGGUAUCCUCAAAGUGUGGGUCCAAAGCUAAUAUCAAGCACAAGCCUGGAGGAGGAGAUGUCAAGAUUGAAAGUCAGAAGUUGAACUUCAAGGAGAAGGCCCAGGCCAAAGUUGGAUCCCUCGAUAACGUGGGCCACCUGCCUGCAGGAGGUGCCGUGAAGAUUGAGACCUACAGGCUGACGUUCCGGGCAAAUGCCAGGGCCCGCACCGACCAUGGGGCCGACAUUGUCUCCCGGCCUCCCCACUUCCCUGGCUGCCCAAGCUUGGGGUCCCGGGCCCUGGGCUCCCUUUCCCGGGCUGUCUACUAGAUUGUAAGCUCUUGGGUGCUGGGCAGCCCUUUAGGCCUCCUUCCCUCCCGCCUCGCUUGCUCACGGCAGCCCCGCCUCCGCUGCCUUCACCUCCUUCCCCCCCUUCCGGCCCAGCUUCAACUUCACUACCCACCACUGCACCACUGCUCAUGGAGAGGGUCGUGGGGGGGAUGGGGAGUCUAAUGGGAUCUCUGUGGGAUCUAGGGGUGGGGUGCUGGGUUCCAAGAAACUGACAAACCCUCCCUCUCUUCCCUGGUUCACCCUGGGGGGACUAGUAGAGGUCAACUCCAGGUUGUGACCAGCACUGACCGAAUCCCCUGGCACCUAAACCACUGCCUCUCCUUGACCCCCAGAGGAAGCCGCCCUGUAGGUGGUAUCAGGCCCUUUUGCUGCCCUGCUUUAAGUUAAUCAGGGUCUGUUGCCCUUGUCCCCACUGCUUACACCUGAAUAGCUGCUGUCUCCCUUUUCUUUUUGUUGUAGUCUUUUUUCCCUCCCAAUAACCCAUGAACUGCUGGUAUAGUUUGCAGGUUGAAGCCAUGUCUAAAGAGAGUUCUCAGUAGGUGAUGGAGGAAGCAAGGGGGAGGUCCUGAGUCUCCACUGAGGAGGAGGCUGUCAGUUAUUGGGGGCUGCCCUACUGUGGGCCGCUUGGGGCCCAGUGGGAAGGAACCUGAGGAGUGGGGCUGCUGCCUAGUCAGCAGCCGGACAGCGAGGGCGGGCCAGUGUGCCUGGCUGUGCUGGCAUGGUGUACGCUGCUUUCUUUUUCUAACCAAGAGGCUGGUUUUGACGUCUGUCUUCUUCCCCGGGAACUGGUGGUCAACGUGUGAUACAAAACCAGGGCUGGAGAAACAGAAAUGAUGGUCAAAAUCCCUGACCUGCACUUGCAGGCCAAGGCACCCAAACGCUCAUGUCAAGGGGAGCCUGAGCAGUCCAGAAUGCAUGUGAACAGUGGGGAAUCAGGUGUGGAAAUUUCAGACUAAAAUGCAUGAGACCUGGUGUGACUGGAGAGGAGCAGGAGAGGCCAGGCAAGUUGUGGUGGUGCAGCCAUCGUCCCAGUGUGGUCUGUUUGUGGGUGGGAUGGCUGCAGUGCUGAGAAUGUCCUGGAAUUAUAUCAACACAAGAUUCUUAUUGCACUUGUAUUUUUUGUAUUAAAGUUUGCAUGGUUUCUAAUAAAGGAUUCAAACCUAAGUUUGUAGUGAAAUGGCCUGGGCGUGUCUAAGGGCUCCUCUGGUGGGGCAUUUUCUGCUGCGCAGAUUUGCCUGGCAGGAGGACGGCCCGGAUCUGACCCUCUUGGCCCUCCUCCUGACACAGCCUCCACCUCUGCUCCAGGUACAGCUUGAGCAGGUAGAGGUCUGUACUGUCUCUGCCCAAGGAAGUCAUCCCUGGGACUGAAGGUCCUUGACAGUUCUGAGGCAGCAGUUUCCUUACACACACACACACACACACACACACACACACACACACACACACACACACACCCUUACACACUUGCAGGGGCCUUCAGGGAGUGGCUUUCUUCCCAGGCUGUCUGUAGAACGCUGCAUGGAGCCUUGUGUCAGUAUUUUUUCGGCAAGAUGGGACUGGGAAGAAGGAAGCAGCGGGGACCAGGGUGCUGGUGGCUGAGGGCAUAAAGGUACUUGCUACCUUCCUUGGUGAUCCUGGAGCCUUGAGGAUGCUGAGAUUGACAAGAGUCCACUGGCCAAGGAUUAGAGAGUGGAAGGUGGCCCACGCUCUCUAGGUAGACUGUAAGAGACCCAGCUCCCUGGAAUGGUCCCACAAGUCAGGAGAACCUGAGGCGGCUGAUCUGGCCAAUUGGGACUGUAGGCCAUAUGAUGUGUAUACUUUGCAAGGUUUGGGGAUGAGAUCUUUCUGUACUUUGUUUGCUCAUGGCUUAGCCAUUACCCGUGUCUGUUAACUGUACUGAUUUAAACAAUAAAGCUGCCUGACAUCCCACCACA